AUCACGUAUGCGUCCCGGAAACGAUGUGCGGGACAUAGCUCCGCCCACUUUUACUGUCAUGGCAGAACGCUGUGCUGUAAGGUAGCCCUCUGUUUUCUUUAGUAUCACAGAUGUGGGCUAGAUUAUUUCUGCGUCCCACGCUGAUCAACCGAGUUCAUCUCACGUGGAGUCUGAGGUCAUUCAUCACAAUGCAACUGAAAACUAGUGAAUUUAAGUCUUUAUUUAGCAACGGGCUAGUAAGCCUUGCGGAACUGUUUGAUAAGAACAAGUUUGAGCUGAGGAUCGCAGGAGGUGCAGUGCGGGACCUCCUGUCAGGAAAACGACCUGAAGAUGUGGACUUUGCCACCACUGCCACACCGGAGGAGAUGAAGAACAUGUUUCAGACAGAAGGGAUCAGGAUGAUCAAUAACAAAGGGGAAAAACAUGGGACCAUCACUUGCAGGCUUCAUAAUGAGAACUUUGAAGUGACCACUUUGCGGGUGGACGUACAGACCGAUGGGAGGCACGCAGAGGUGGAGUUUACCACUGAUUGGCAGAAAGAUGCAGAGCGCAGAGACCUCACCAUUAACUCAAUGUUUCUGGGGCUAGAUGGGACUUUAUAUGAUUAUUUCCAGGGAUACGAGGACCUGAAGAACAAGAAAGUACGGUUUGUUGGCAGUGCUUCACUAAGAAUCCAAGAAGACUAUCUCAGAAUUCUGAGAUAUUUCAGAUUCUACGGACGGGUGGCAGCUGAACCUGGACAACAUGAACCUGAGACUUUGGAGGCAAUAAGAGAUAAUGCUAAAGGGUUGGCUGCCAUCUCAGGGGAGAGGAUCUGGGUGGAACUGAAAAAGAUGGUGGUUGGAAAUCAUGCUGAUCACCUGCUGGAGCUCAUCUAUGAGUUGGGUUUGGCUCAGUAUAUAGGUCUUCCAGUAGAUGGCAAUGUAGAAGAGAUGAAGAAGAUCUGGCAGAGAGCAUGUGAUGGCUCUCCUAAACCUAUGACUAUAUUGGCCAGUCUGUUCCGAAGCCAGGAGGAUGUGGAAAAACUAGAUUUGCGACUAAAGCUUUCCAGGGAAGAGAAGAACUUGGGAAUCUUCCUGGUCAAGUACAGACGAGACCUUGUUAAGGGGCAAGACGAACAUGACAGCCUUAAACCCUACACAGAUUUCAUCAUUGAUUCUCGAGAGCUGGACUCCCAGAGUAAAGUACUGGAGCUUCUGAAGUAUCAGGGAGAAAAGAAAAUCCAUAAUGAGCUAAGCAGGUGGUCCAUCCCGCGUUUCCCGGUCAGUGGGCAUGACUUGCGCAAGCUGGGUAUCACCUCAGGUAAAGAGAUUGGCACCAUCCUUCAGGAGCUCAGGGAAACGUGGAAGAAGAGCCGCUAUCAGAUGAACAAAGAGGAACUUCUGGCCACGCUCAACAGAUCUUGAUAUGAGACGAAGGAGUGCGUGGGGAAACCGCUUGGGUUUCGGCAUGCACGUGAUGUAACACCAGAACCAAGACUCUUAAGAGAAAUAAAGAAACUGUCUGUGCCACCUGUAAGCAUGUGUAUGAUGCUCAUUUUUCAUUUUGUGGUGGAUGAAGCUUUUAUGUGUUUGGUGAUCCAAAGGCAUUGUAAAACACUCAUUUUCUCUAUAAAUGCCAAUUUAGUUUGACAGCUCAUCUUUCAUUAACAUUGAAUUUUAUAGUGUAAUGGAUGCAUGGAAGUUAAGUGUUGCAAGGAUGCAAAGUUCAUGUUGUUUACUGGAUGUGGGACUGUGCCCUUUUGUAAAUGUGAAGAGGUGUAAUUACAGAAAAGUAAUUUGGCUGUCUCUCAGUGAUGAGAGACUCUUAUGUUAUGAAGCCGUAGUCAUGGUUUUAUUAUGAAGAAAAUUACGUUCCUCUUGUCAGCAGUUCAUGGUUGUUAGAUGCUUAUAUAAGCAAUUCUCCAGGUGGUUUCUUUGAAAUAAAGUAGCACACAGCGGGUC